UAUUUUAAUAUCCCUUUUUUCACUCUCUAAGAAGAAAAGAGAAGACCGUUCCUCGUUAACUGUGCCUUCAAUAUCUUUCUCUCCUCACUCACUCACUCACUCCACUCUUUACACCAUCCUAUUCUCCUCCUCUAAUUUUAGUACCAGUUUCCUUUAUCAACCCAAAGAAAACGACGUCGUCUUCUGUUACUUUCAUCACUCUCAUCUCAUGAGUUUCAAACACAAACCCUAAACACAACAACACAAACCCUUUUCACUCUUCUCUAAUGGUUGCCGGUAAAGUUAAGGUAGCAAUGGGAUUCUCCAAGUCGCCGUCACCGGCGCAUGCACACAGUACUCCUCCACCGCAGAAGAAGAAACAACCACCACCUCCUUCACCUUCCACCACCACCUCCUCCGCAAAAUCCUCCUCUCACAAAUCCUCAUUCUCGCGAAUCGGCUUCCACUUCCCGCGCUCAUCCGCUCAAGUACAGCCUCGUCCACCAGACGGAACAGAACUUCUCCGUCUGGUGGAGGAGCUUCGUGAAAGCGAGUCUCGUUUGAAAACAGAACUUCUCGAGCAUAAACUACUUAAAGAGUCCAUCGCCAUUGUUCCGGUUUUAGAAAACGAGUUAACAGUUAGGGAAACUGAGAUUCAAAGAAACAGAAAAAGAGCGGAAGAAGCUGAAGAACAGAACGAGAAGCUAAAGAAAGAAUUGGAGGAACUGAAGCAGCUAAUGGAAGAUGAACGAAUAGAUAGUGAAAGGAAACUGAAAGCGUUGGAAGAUGAAGUUACCGUACUUAAGAAAACGGCGUCGUUACAUAGUGAAGAACAUUUUUCUACUUCACAGAGGUUUCAGGGGAUUGGUGAAGUUUCUGUGAAGUCGAAUCUUAUGAAAACGUUGAAGAAAACCAUGUCGGAUCAUGGAAUCGUGAUGCAGAAGCAGAAUGAAAGUGUUGAUUUGAAAAGAGAGUUUUCUGAAACUGAAAAGCCACGUCACUCUCGUUGUAAUUCGGAGGAACUCGCCGAUUGUCACGACUCAGUUUUGAACGUUAACGUCAGAUCUAGAGUUCCUAGGGUUCCUAAUCCACCGCCCAAGCCGUCGUCUUCUUCACCGUCGUCAUCAUCGUCACUGUCGAGCAGUUCCGUUGGGGAGAACAACAAUGGCGAAACAGAGCAAGAAAUUUUGCAACCGAUUCCACCAGCGAAGACAGCAGCACCACCUCCACCUCCUCCACCACCACGUAAACCUGCGUCAAAAGCAGCAGCGGCUCCUCCGCCUCCUCCACCACCGCCGAAGGGAGGAAAAAUGCCUCCGGCGAAGGUAAGAAAAGUACCGGAGGUGGUAGAGUUUUAUCAUUCGUUGAUGCGGAGAGACUCACAAACACGUCGUGAAUCUAACUCCGGUACGGCAGCGGAGGUUCCGGCGACGGCGAACGCACGUGACAUGAUCGGAGAAAUCGAGAACCGUUCUACUCACUUACUAGCGAUAAAAACUGAUGUAGAAACACAAGGAGAUUUUAUUAGAUACUUGAUUAAAGAAGUGGAAGGUGCAGCAUUUACGGACAUUGAAGAUGUGGUGCCUUUUGUUAAAUGGCUUGACGACGAACUCUCCUAUUUGGUGGAUGAAAGAGCGGUGCUCAAACACUUUGAUUGGCCAGAACAGAAGGCUGAUGCUAUGCGUGAAGCGGCAUUUGGAUAUUGUGAUCUCAAGAAGCUAGAAUCUGAGGCUUCAUCUUUCCGCGACGAUCCUCGGCAGCUAUGUGGUCCAGCUCUUAAGAAGAUGCAAACUCUCUUUGAGAAAUUAGAACAUGGGGUUUACAACAUUUCUAGAAUGAGAGAGUCAGCAACAAAGAGAUUCAAAGUCUUCCAAAUACCUGUAGAUUGGUUGCUUGAUAGCGGUUAUGCCACCAAGAUAAAGCUGGCAUCUGUAAAAUUGGCUAUGAAGUAUAUGAAGAGAGUUUCUGCUGAGCUUGAAACUGUUGGAGGUGGGCCUGAAGAAGAAGAGCUCAUUGUCCAAGGAGUCAGAUUUGCUUUCCGUGUACAUCAGUUUGCAAGCGGUUUUGAUGCGGAUACAAUGAGAGCAUUCCAAGAAUUGAGAGAUAAAGCUAGGUCAUGUCAUGUUCAAUGCCAUGACCAGCAACAAAAAUUCUUGUGCAGGCCUGCAGCAUGUUAAUGCAGGAGCAAACUCAACUCCAGAAAGAAUUAAAUUAGUAUAGUAGCCCCUUUUUCACUAGUUUGUGAAUAUAAUGGCAAUAGUACUAUUAGCCAUCAUUAAAGUGGAAUACAUUUUAAUUUAUGAUUCAUCCAUUCGUUAAACAAAUCAGUAAACAAAUUAAUUUGUUUCCACUUUGGCGCUUGUUCUUGUGAAUUAUCUGGAAAUCUGUUUCUCUAAUCAUUCAUUCAUUUAUAAAGGAACAGGACGGUAACAAACUCUAGCACUUGUAGCUGUUGUGAAUUUUCUAAAAAUGUAUUCUUUUGAGUUGAGAACUUUGUUUAUUUUUCAUGUGC